AUGGGUGCAUUCUAUGAAACAAUCCCCCAGUCACUUUUCAAAUGGAUCCUCGAGCAGCACAUGUUCUGGGUCAGCACCGCGCCACUGUCAGCGUCAGGGCACAUCAAUAUCUCACCCAAGGGCGGUGACUACUUCGGAGUGCUUGACGAGCGGACCUUUUGGUAUAUGGACCUGACUGGUUCUGGGUCAGAGACCGUCGCCCAUUUGUACGAGCGCGGUAACGGCCGUAUCACCGUCUUGUUCAAUGCCUUUCAAGGACCGCCACGUAUCCUGCGGCUAUUCGGUCACGGGCGCGUCCUCGAGAGCGGGACGAGUGGCUUUGACGAUUUCGUCAAGAAGAACGACGUAAAGACGAUCCCCGGGUCCAGGGCGAUCGUCCUUGUCGACGUUCACCAGGUCGGCACGUCAUGCGGCUAUUCUGUGCCCUACUACGAGUACAAGGAGCACAGGAGGACCCUCAACCAAGUCUUCGAACGGAAGGAUGAGAAGUUCAAGCAAGGUGAUGAGACCGAAAGCAUGCCCCGCUACUGGGCACUGAAGAACUCAUGGAGCAUGGACGGCCUCCCGGCACUCCACGUCGCGCAAAAGGCACGGAAAGAGCACCAGAUCGAGCCCCUCAAGAAGAUGGUCGGUCCUCUGGCACCAACACAUUACCACAACACCCACCGCUUCGGGCUCGAGCACAUCCUGUUGGCCGUGUUUUUGACAGCAACAAUCACCGCCCUUGUGACGACGUACGGGCUGGACACAGCACAGUUCAUUGCGACUAGGAUACCUGCUGAUGCCAGCCGAAUGGUACAAGGCCCACUGCGGACGAUGUUGUAG